GUCCCGCCAUGCACCCGCGACGGCAGCUCCAGAACCCGCAGCCGCUGGCUAGGGCCGCGCACGCGUUCUUCGCUGCAGCCGCCGCCGUCGCCGCCGCCGCCGCCAUCCUCGGACCCGGCGCGGCGGAGUCGCUGCUGUGGAACAUGGUGGACGCGCGCUACUGGCGCUGCGUGCUGAAGCGCAGCAACACGUGCCCGGACCCGGAGAUACGGUUCUUCCUGUACACGCCGGAGGCCGGCUGGACGGCGCGCCGCCAGGUGGACGUGCGCUCGGCGGGCUCGCUGCACCGCGCCGGCUGGGACCCGCGCCGCAGGAACGUCAUCAUCGUGCACGGCUUCAACGGCACCGAGAGCAAGACGCCCAUGACGCUGCUGCGCCGCGCCUACCUGAGCCGCGGCGACCACAACGUGUUCACGGUGGACUGGGAGCCGCUGACGUACUUCCCGUGCUACCUGUCGGCCAUCAGCAACACGCGGCUGGUGGCGCAGUGCUCGGCGCAGCUGUACGCCCACCUCACCUACAACGGCGCCGCCGCCUCGCGCAUCACCUGCGUCGGCCACUCCCUGGGCGCCCACAUCUGCGGCAUGAUGAGCAACCACCUGUCCCGCAGGAUGGACAAGAUCAUAGGGCUGGACCCGGCGCGGCCGCUGCUGGACCGGUUCGGGGACGCGGCGUUCCGGCUGACGAGGGACGACGCGCGCGUCGUGCAGGUGGUGCACACGAACGCGGGGGCGCUGGGCGAGGCGGCGCAGACGGGGCACCUCGACUUCUGCAUCAACGGCGGCGCCGAGCAGCCCGGCUGCAAGGGGCACCGCCUCCGGCGGGCGCGCUGCAGCCACUUCCAGAGCGCGUGCUACUUCGCUGAGGCGGUGGCCGCCAAGGAGCCGAUCCUCGGCUACCCCUGCUCGGCCUCCUGCCCAAAGCGCGGUCGCGCCCUCGGCCUGCUGCCCGGACCACCCGUCUCCAUGGGCGCCGACACUCCUGACGGAGUGACGGGCACCUACUGUGUGAGUAUCACACAUGGAAGGGACUGCAAAUUUGACUGAGUGUGAUGCAGUCCUUAGCAUUGUUUUACAAUGAAAUGUGAAGGCAGCAGCAUCGACUGUUUGUUGGAGGAGACCACAUCUGCUUAUGCCAGAUGCCCAGUAAAUGGUUGUAUUUAUUCAGUUUAGUCUGCUGACUUAGUGAAAUGCAGAUUUUCGAUGUUGCUCAUAACAGCUGUUCAGUGGUGGCAACAGCUUGAAAAUCUCCUUUGUCACCUAAGUACUGGACCAAGAUCAAAAGAACUUUCCAGUUAACUAUGUAUUAAAAUGUGCAUAGAAACAUUUUCUGGUUAACAUUAGCAUUAAUCAUCAAAAAUUGUAAAACAAGUUGUCACUGCUUACCAGAGUUCUAGCCUAGUUCAGUGGACACCCUCCAUUGAUGAAAAUAUCUUCAACUUUAAUGAAGAAGAGAGGGAAUAGACAGUGUCUUUCAUUCAUAUUUAAAAUGUGUAUGUUUAGCCAAGUUCUUCACUUGAGUCAUCCUGUGAAAAGGAUCACAGUAUUACCUUGCCACUAUAUACCUUUUGUAUCAUAAUAUUUUCACCACAUAUAUUUAAAUGGUAAUGGAAGCUCUUUAAGUAACAACCAAUUAUAUCUAAUCAAUCAAAAUACAAUUUUAACUGAAUUUAAUGAAAGUGAAUUACUCAAACUUGCUUCUUGUCUGAGAUCACAGAUAGGUAUUCCAACAAAUAAAAAUGAAACAUUGUUGAAAUUAUAAAGUUUGACAAAUUAUGUUACAUUAAAAUGAAACAAACAAAAGAAAUUAAUUUAAAGUAGAUUUAUUUUCAACAAACAGAUCUCAUUUGUAUACUUUUCAUAGCUGCACCGUUUGGUAAUUUUAUAGAAUCCAUUACUGUAAUUUGAGAAAGAUAAACUAUAAAAUAAGUAAUUAUGUAUUUAUCAUAGUAAGGAAAAAUAAGUAUAGAUAUGACUAAGGAGAAUCAUUUGUUGAGCUGUCAUGGAUGACAUUUUAGGCUAGAUUCAGUUUAUGUUCUUCACUACUUCAGACACAUUUGCUGCUUUGAAAGAUGCUAACUUGUUUCAUGUGCAGGAACUCAUCAACAUUUUGCACAACUUGGCUGGAGUGCUAACAAGAACUGGAGUUUGGUGGCUUAGAUGUGGUUGCUGUAAUGAAGUUCCUGUUUUUUCUACCUCUUAAGUUAUAUGCCUGAAGGUGUUUCAUUACAUGACAAUUACGGGAAUUGGCCUCAUUGCCAAGAGAUUACAUCAUAAUUUACUACAUUCUCAUUUUUUCCUGAACUGUGUGUACUGCAGUACUAUUAUAAAAAAGAAUGAGUUUUAUAAAUGAAGUAUGAGAUCUAGGUGUGCUCAGUAUGUAUGAAUAUUAAAUUAUUCAUGUUGAUAUGCUGAAAAUAAAAUGUACUCCAUCA